AUGGCGCUGGGCGGGGAGCGGGCCGGGACUCGCUUGGAAGAGCCCAGCAGGCUGAGGCGUGAGGCUCCCUUCCCCGCCCAGCCACCCACCGGCACCCACAGGCUGGCAGGAGGAGCCGACGAGGCCAGAGCUCUAUGCAAACUCCUCCCCGUGCCCCGCAGGUUCCGCUUUCCAGCACGCCUCAUCCCGGGGGCCAGGGUGCACCGAGGGCGCGGAGAGGCUCCGGCAAUGAGCGCAGCCCAGCACAGUCUGCAGCUGCUGUUAGGGGGAGUUGCUCUCCUGCUGGUCGGGGGGAGCUCUGCAGAGGAUGAUCAAAGGACUGAGGCGGAUGCAAAACUUCAUCACCAACGGCCAGAAAGGGUUAAAAAUGAAGACAUGAAAGAAAAUGUCAGGAAUCGAGGGAGACCUAAGAGAAAGAAAUGUAGCAAUAUGAUUGAGAAGAGAGAUGGCAGACAGCGUAAUGUACAUUUUGCAAAGAAAAGUAUAAUGAAGGCAAAUAAAUCCACUAAAUGUGGAAAGUACUUCAGAAAUAGAUCACAGCUCCUUGUGCAACAAAGAAUACAUAGAGGCAAGGAACCUUUUAAAUGCUCAGUGUGUGGAAAGAGAUUCAGUGACAGUAGCGCUCUUCAGAAGCAUGAAAGAACUGACACAGGAGAGAAACCUUUUGAAUGCUCAGUGUGCGGAAAGAGAUUCAGACAGAGUGGCAAUCUUCAAAAGCAUCAAAGAACCCACACAGGGGAGAAGCCUUUUGAAUGUUCAGAGUGUGGCAAGAGAUUUAGUCAGAGCGGCAGUCUUCAAUGUCAUCAAAGAACCCACACAGGGGAGAAACUGUUUGAAUGCUCAAUGUAUGUAAAGAGAUUCAGUCGGAGUGGCCAUCUUCAACUGCAUCAGAGAACCCACACAGGGCAGAAACCUUUUGAAUGUUCAGAGUGUGGAAAGAGAUUCAGUCGGAGUGGCAAUCUUCAAGAGCAUCAAAGAACUCACACAGGGAAGAAACCUUUUGAAUGUUCAGAGUGUGGAAAGACAUUUAGUCGGAGAGACAAUCUUCAAGAUCAUCAAAGAACCCACACUGGG